AUGGAAGCAAACUGCCACUCUGAACAAGGGCCCCGUCCAAAGAAGGGACGGACGGACGACAAAAAGGACCGAGAUAAUAGGAAGACAGGCCCCCCAGCAAGGAAUCAGAAUUAUACACCCCUAAAUGCUCUACUUGAUCAAGUGCUCAUGCAGAUCAAGGAUGAUCCUUCCUUGAAGUGGCCAGAGAAGAUGAAAGGCGAUCCUAACAAGCGCAAUAAGAAUAAAUACUAUUGCUUCCAUAGAGAUCAUGGCCAUGACACGGACGAAUGUUAUGACUUGAAGCAGCAGAUUGAGAAUCUUAUUAGACAAGGAAAGUUGAGGCAUUUCGUUGGAAGAGAUCAUAAAAAUGAGAAGUUGAAGGGAAAAAUGGAAGAAUCAUCACGACCCCCACUUGGAGAGAUAAGGGUUAUUAUAGGAGGGACUUCAGUAAGACAGUCUUCCAAGUCAAAGAAGACGUAUCUCAAAGUGGUGCAAAACGUCCAACUUUCUAGACGAUCACCAAGGACGAGGGGGACCGAUGAGUCAACUAUCUCAUUCACCAACAAAGAAGCUGAAAGGAUUCAUCAUCCGCAUGACGAUGCCAUUGUCAUUACUUUACUUAUCGCAGAUUAUACAACUAAGAGAGUGUUGGUGGAUAAUGGAAGUUCAACAGAUAUAUUGUACUACCCUACCUUCCAACAGAUGAGGCUUGGACGAGAUCAACUUCGUCCAGUGAGCUCGCCAUUGAUAGGGUUUGGAGGAAUGAAAGUGCAACCUGUGGGUACCAUUACGUUGCCUGUAGUGGUGGGAGCAUAUCCGCAGCAAGUAACUAAGGACGUGAGUUUCUUAGUGGUUGACUGUUCGUCAUCCUACAAUGCCAUAAUUGGAAGACCAACUCUAAAUAGUUGA